CGAAGGAGUGGCGCUGCUGUAGAUCUCUGAUAACGCUAACAAUUGCAUGAAGAGAGGUAGGUCUGAGCUGUGGGAGCCUCUUAGUUUCGGCUGCAGCUGGCAACACACAGGCAGUCCUUAUGUCCUCAGGUCAGAGUUUGACUGCUGAUCCCCUGAGCUGCCGUACUACUUCAUUUACAGCACAUGAUACACAACUGUUCCCCUGUAAAACUCAAUCAGAGCCUCCUCUGGCCACUGAGCUGAUCCGCAUCUAGUCAGAUCCACUCUGCCUUUAGCUGUUUAUAGAAAAUGCCACUACUGAGCAGAAGAAGCUGAGCCAUGCUGGAUCCAAGCCCUCCCUCUCCGAGAGCAGCGGCCGACUCCCUCAGAUAGCCAUGAACACCUGCAAGUACAAUGGCGGUGUGGUGAGACCACUAGUGGGCAGCCUGGCGUCCUCGUCGCGCCGCAACCUCGCGGAGCUCGACUCGGAGACGCAGCCCUUGCAGACGCUGCACAGCUCUGGCCUGGAGGUGGUGGUGUCCAAGGGCAACGGUGGCGAAGACCCCAGCAAGGCGUCCAACGAAAGCUUGGUCAGGGAGGGCAGUGGGCGUAGCGGAGGCAGGGCGCCGGCAAAGAAGAACAGGGACAUUGGCUACAAGCUCGGCCACCGGAGGGCGUUGUUUGAGAAGCGGAAGCGGCUCAGCGAUUACGCACUCAUCUUCGGGAUGUUUGGGAUUGUUGUCAUGGUGACAGAGACAGAACUUUCAUGGGGGGUUUACACUAAGGAAUCUUCAUACUCAUUUGCACUGAAAUGCCUUAUCAGCCUUUCCACUGUUAUAUUGCUUGGUCUUAUAAUAAUGUACCAUGCCCGGGAAAUCCAGCUGUUUAUGGUCGACAAUGGUGCGGACGAUUGGAGGAUAGCCAUGACAUAUGAGCGGAUCUUCUUCAUCGUGCUGGAGCUGCUGGUGUGUGCUAUCCAUCCCAUCCCGGGCCAUUACGUCUUCACCUGGACGGCGCGGCUUGCCUUUGCCUACACGCCAUCAGUGGCUGAGGCUGAUGUGGACAUCAUCCUUUCCAUCCCCAUGUUCCUGAGACUCUACCUGAUAGGCAGGGUCAUGUUGCUCCACAGCAAGCUGUUCACGGACGCUUCCUCUCGCAGCAUCGGCGCCCUCAACAAGAUCAACUUCAACACACGCUUUGUCAUGAAGACCCUCAUGACCAUCUGUCCAGGAACUGUUCUGCUGGUGUUCAGUAUAUCCUCCUGGAUCAUUGCUGCAUGGACUGUGCGCGUCUGUGAGAGGUAUCAUGACAAACAGGAAGUGACCAGUAACUUCCUGGGAGCCAUGUGGCUCAUCUCGAUUACCUUCCUUUCGAUUGGCUACGGGGACAUGGUACCACACACGUACUGUGGGAAAGGCGUGUGUCUGCUUACAGGGAUUAUGGGAGCUGGUUGCACUGCACUGGUGGUUGCAGUGGUAGCCAGGAAGCUGGAGUUGACCAAGGCUGAGAAGCAUGUCCACAACUUCAUGAUGGACACACAACUCUGCAAACGAGUAAAGAACACAGCUGCCAAUGUACUCAGGGAAACAUGGCUCAUCUACAAACACACUAAGUUGGUCAAGAAGAUAGAUCACGCCAAGGUGCGGAAACACCAGCGCAAGUUUCUCCAAGCCAUUCACCAACUGCGCAGUGUGAAGAUGGAGCAGAGGAAACUCAAUGAUCAGGCCAACACCUUGGUGGACCUGGCAAAGACCCAGAAUGUGAUGUAUGACCUGGUGUCAGAGCUGCAGGAGCGCAGUGAGGAGCUGGACAAGCGCAUCGGCACAUUGGAGGACAAGCUGGACUCGGUGACGGGCAGCCUGCAGGCGCUGCCCUGCCUCAUCUCCCAAGCCAUAACCCAGCAGCAGCAGGACUUCCUGGACGGCUUUGUUCACCGCUUUCGGCCCGCCUCACUAGCCUCAGAGCGCUCUGAACGCUCUGAGCGAUCCUGGACUUCCACCGCCCGUAGGCGGCGCUCUCCCUCCACAGCACCACACACAUCCUCUGAUAGCGGAUAACCUUGACACACCCUCUGCAAUCACCCUCGAGACCCACCUUUCCCAAACCAACUCGUCACCUUAUUCUGUCCCAUCCAAAGUUGUCCCUGUAACCGCUGGCGAGUCCCUGUCUGGAAUAAUAAUGAACCCAUAUCUUGACCCCUGACCUGAUCCUGUCCCUUAUUCUCUCAAUCCCACCCAACCAUACCCUCUCCCCUUCCUCCCCACCCAACAUCAAAUCCAAAAACCAAUUCCUCUGUGACUGAGCCUCUCAGCACAGGACUGGAUCAGAGCUACUCCAAAAGAACAAAGAAAAGCAAACAGACUUAAAUCAAGAAAAAACACAAAUGCAUCCAAAAAAAGAAAAAGAGAAAAAAAAUUAAAAAUGACUGAAAAACCGAGAUAAAGUAGAGAUAUGGUUUAUGUUUUAGCCAUUGUAUGGCUGUUCAAGUUAGCUUUUUUGUAAAAGCCCUUGUAUAGUUAAAAAAUGACUGAGUUCAGGGUCGCUGGGGUGAGAGCUGGCUAUCACACCGGAGAGUCCUUAACAACGAGGGGGGAAGUUGGUCUGUGGAUCUGAGGGCCUCUGCUCACCUGCUGGCCCUCUGAGGCCAUGGAGGACAUCCGUCCACCCAUCCGUCCGUCUAUCUGUUUGUACGGUGAGGAGAGCGAGACAAACCAUUGGAUUUCCCUUUCAAAAGACUAGUGUCAUGGAUUCUUUCCCAUAGGUUAGGGUGAAAGCUUUAGAGGAGGCUACGAAAGCUCUGACUUCAGUCAGUGUUUGAAAAUGCGCUAAAGGGGGAGGGGAAACUGUCACACAAAAGAAGAGCAAAGGGGAUGCAUAUGGCAUUACUACUGGGUAGGACAAAUUUACACAGUUGCCAACUUCAAGGUUUCAGCUUCCUUGUUCUUACCAAGGGAAAAUGAGAGCGACUAUCUUUUUUAGUUACAUAUUGACAUGUGAUUUUUCAGUGCCUGAAUGUAUAAAUAGUAGAGGGUUAUUUAAUUACUAAUUUCAGAGCUUUUUUACGAUGUUAACAGUCUGAAUACAGCAUUGCAUUCCUUUUUCAGAUACAUUCCUCUCCAGAAAUUUAAAGAAAAUGUCUUAAUGUAAUGCAUAACAUUGCCUCCAUUACACAGCAACUCUAAAUGUUUUGAAAACUUUUUUUUCUAUUUCUACUAACACCGUGAGAAAUGAAAAAGUUCAGAGAGUAAGCGAGAGUGAGACAGACUGAGAGAAUAUUUGUGCGUGUGUUUGUCAGAGAACAAGUUCACUUUUAGCUCAAUGCUGCACACUCAUACACAAAACAAUGAAAUAUGUAGUUCUCUACCUUUCUCACCACCACUAAUUAGAGCUUCCUGUGGUCUUAAGAUAAUGGCAUGGCUUGAGGUCUGCUGGUAUAUACGGCCACACAGGCACACAUCACAGUCAAACUGAGAAACCAACCUUGAUCCUUCGCAUGGUUCCGUGCAAAAAUGACAAUGGGACACACUUUUCCUUGUAUGGCUUGAUGAUUUUACAUGAUUUACAUGAUUUUGAUUUUAUUAUAUUUUGUUUGUUUGUUUGUUGCCUUUCCUUUCUUUUGUCAUUUUUUACUAAAAGUUAAUUUUUUUACUAGGAUAUCUAGGGUUUUUAGAGUUGCAGAACCUAGAGAGUUGCAGUAAUGUCAUUCUGUAAUGCAUUCCCUGUUUAAAAUAUGAGGUGAAGAAAAAUCACCAUUGGAAAAGAAUCCUGAAAGGAUACAAAUAAAAGUGCUGAAGAAACUUUGAUGAAUUGGUCCCUCUGCAAGCUUAAAAGAAUAGUUAGACAUUUUGAGAAAUACGCUUAUUCGCUUCACAGUCGAGAGUUAGAUGAGAAGAUUGACCGUAGGUUGUUCUUUAUAGUACAAUUUUUGCUGGAGUUUUUACCUCUUAAGAUUGAUACCACCCUUAUGUCUGUAUGGUAAAUAUAAAGCUAUUGGUUAAUUAGUGAGCUUUAAAGGUGCUGCUAAGUGGAUUUUAUUACCUUCUUACAGAGCCAGGCUAGCUGUUUUCUGUCUUAAUGCUAAGCUAAGCUAACCAACUGCUAGUGGUAGCUUUAUAUUUACAGACAUGAGAGUGGUAUCAAUCUUCUUAUGUAACACUCGAAAACGAAUAAGCAUAUUUCAAACUAUUCCUUUAACAUUACAGUAUCAGGCCGAGGUUUUGUCUAAAUGACAUUUAAACACUAUGAUAGAGGAGAAAUUUUAAAGGCAUGGUGAAUGACGCAUCCUAAAGUUGUGAUGACUUGUAUAUUUUAGAUUUGAAGAGAAAGUUAUUUUUUCCAAAAAACAUUUAAAAGGCAGAUCAGGAAGUCAGCGGGUUAGCGGGCUAGCAUGCUGUCCUAAAGUAGUUUGAAUGGUAGAUAAUCUGAGUCCCAAAAGGAUGUUAGUACUAAAAAUCACCUUUAUGGCCCCUCAAGCUAACAGACAAAUAGAAUAAUUAUUUUUUGCUGGAUCUUAAUUAUUUUCAAGCUGCUUCGAGCUGAAUCGGGUCUUAGUCCGUGAAACAGUGAGCGAAUCCACUCUCCCACAGGCUUUGGACUGGCCAGAGAGCACUUAAUUUAAGAACAUAUUCAGUUUCUACGAGUGGAACUUAAUCAAGCAUGAAUAUUAGCUUUUUUCUUUUCAACUUGAGUUGAUGAAGCAUGACUCUUUACUGCCCCCACCUAGACACUCGUACAGUGCUGCACUCCACCCUUCCAGUAUGAAGGGGUCUAUCAUGCCAUUACAGUCUCUGUUUCAAUCAGUGUCAUCCAAUGAGUCAGGACGGCUAAUGGGAGAUUAUCUGCUUGAUUGCGACCUCACCUGCCUGUUCGUAUCUAAGGUUUCCACCUCUUCAUUACAUCAGAGGUUUAACCUCACGUUUGUCAUCUGUCAUCAUUAAGAACAUAAGUCCCCCACACACAAAGAGGCUUCCCAAAUGGCCCGCAGCAAAGACCUUUGAGUGGUUCGAAUGAAAAAAAAGAAAACAGAAAAAAAGGAAGAAGCAGGGAAACCCCAGGUCAUGUUCCAUGUUGCACUCUGUGUGUAAUAUUCAGUUACACCAGGAAGGAUCACAGAUGCUGGAGUGUCUUCCCCAGAGAGAUGAGACGGUAGUGGUGUUAAGGACUUCAUCCUUCAUCAAGCAGCAGGGAAGAGGGAGAGAGUAGAUUGAAAAGAAGAAAAAGGAGAGCAAUAGCUCAUUUACUGACAGAUGUCCAUUAUGGCCCUGGAGGGUUUUUCAACAGCAAGAGUGGGUGUCCUGUAAAUAUGACCUCAUUGUAGAUGUCGCCAAGUAAACGGGACAAAUGGUAAACCGCAGGGGUAAAGGUAGCCUGGUGCAAUGCACAGCAUUUUGCAAGUAUGCAGUAGAAAAACAAUAUUUAGAAAGGAUAUGAAGGGUUUGAAAUUCUGGCAUUUUAUUAAUUUGAAACUUUCUGUUCCACAAUUGGUGGUAUGAUCAGGUUCUGUUGUUUUUUACCCUGUUGUAAAGGUUUGUUUUCUUCAGUCCUUAUUCUACCACCAACAAAGUCCUGCCAAAACACCAUUCCAAUAUUUAAUAGUGAUACGAUUUUCUCCACCAGAAAAUAGAAAAAUUCACAGUAUUUUGUAGUGAAGUGAGGGACAUUCAUGAUGUUAUUCUGAUGAUGGUAGAUGAGUCAAAGUGAUAAACGCAUCGAAGAGUCUUUUAUUAUUCUGAAAAGUAGGCUUUCUUCAUAGAGCAGGACACACUUCUACUGAACAAUAACAGAGUGAAAAAACCCCCAAAGGUGAAGAAAUGUAUCCCAAUCAUUGUUCUGUGUACACUGCCACAUGAUGCAUAAUGUACGUAGUAGCACUGGAAUAAAUCAACUUUUAAUGGAUGGCAAAUGGGUUUAACAUGUUCUCUGUAUGCUGUUCGCUGUUCCUUCAUUUUGCAGGUGAACUUUUGUCCUAGCAAGGAGAGACACCAAGGUCAAAUCAUUAAAGACUAU